UCUAAUUACAGUUUUGCCAUUGAAAGUGUAAAUUAAGUCAGCCAUGUUUUUGGGUCGGUCACUUUCCCAAUUUCCCGCACAAGUUACCGUUACUGACUGGAAUGAAGGUGAAGAACCCACAUCUUUCAACCCGUGAAAUCUGAUAAAUUUUCCUCUCACCUACCACGUCUUUCAACCAGUAAAAUCUUACAAAUCUUCCUCUCAAUAUCUUCUUCUCAAUAUCCUAUUUCUCAGAAAGAUCAAGAGCAAAGGGAAAUCCAUAGAGGCAAUUUUUUUUUUUCCACCACUCUUCACGGCCAAGCUUCAGGGAAAGGGAGUCGGCGACGCAGGCGGAUCGAACGGCGAAGUCGACGUGCGGAGGCAGCAAAGCAAACGGCAGGGUCACGGAGGCAGAUUCGGCUAACGACGACGGAGAGGUCUGUUGCGGCCCGACAAGGGGAUCAGUGAGCGACCCUGCUGCUGACUUCCGAAGAAUUAAGCUGACCCACGAAGUCUACUUUCCGACGGCUAGGGUUUCCAAGUGACCGACGACCUCUCGCUACCGGAGGCGACAAAGAAGCUGCUCCGGUCCACAAGCAUCGAGAAGGUCCGCAUCCGAGGCGAUGAUAGUGCCAAAAUGUCGAGGGAGACUGUGGAGAGGGACGCCAUCAGUCGCCAGGGAAAAAUCACGAUCCUUUCGUCUCUAAAAAAGGUCUUCAAUUACGUUUUUCUCCUGCUACACCGUCGCCGUGCAAACCAACCGCAGAUCCUGGUGAGACAAGAUGUACGACGCUUGGCGGUGGUGUUGACUGACGCCGUUAAGUAGAUUAUGGCCCGUAAAAUCUGGUUUUUUUUGUUACAAAACAAUUUUAUGGAACCUGUGCGGCAAGAAGUCGGCAGUAAUGUUGCCCCGUCGGACACAACCAACCAGCCGGCAAGCUGCUAUUCAUAGGUGGCGGGGCAAAAAAAGCCGUGUGGAUCAGCCUACGACGUCACAACAGACUUCGUCUGCAGCGAGGGGCAAAAAAAGCCGUGUGGAACAGCCUGUGACGUCGCAACAGCCUUCAUCUGCAGCCGACGGUACAAACAUAAGGUUUCGUGCCGAACCGACCAUUGUGCGGCAGGUUUCGGUGAAGGACAAUCGCCGUUUGGCGACGCAGCAGAGCUCAAGUCUGCCACCCCGUGCUGUAGAAACUGAAGUUUUUGGACUAGCGGCAAGAUUGUCAAGAAAUAGGUCACCAGAAAAUGGGCGGAAUCUCGCGUCUGGCUGCGCUUCUCGGGCUUUCUUAACGAGUUAAAAUUUAAGGGAUCUAUCUGAGUUUUCGAGGGUGAGAGGAUUCUUACAAAGGACUGUAAGAUGCUCGAGAAAUUUGAUCUCACAGGAAUUCCCCCAGCCCCAAGGAUUGUAUUGUCAUUUACAACCAUUACCCUAAAGUUUCAGAAUUCAGAUUUAACUUCUUCAGAUUGUAUUUGUUGUCUCGAAUUCAUAAAAACAAUUCAAAUUCUGUGAAUGUAGCCGAGGGACCCUGCAAAUUGAGGUAACCUUCGAGGUGGAUGCCAACGACAUCCUCAACGUCAAGGCCGAAGACAAAGCCUCCCGCAAGUCGGAGAAAAUCACCAUCACCAACGAUAAGGGCCGCAUGAGCAGAGAAGAGAUUGACCACAUGGUCCGUGAGGCCGAAGAAUUUGUCAAGGCUCGAUACAUGCGUUUACAACAUGAAGGACCAAGUCAACGGCAUGGACAAACUUGCAGACAAUUGGAGUCGGACUAGAAGUACAAGAUCCAGGCCGCACUAAGGAGGCGCUCGAGUGGCUGGACGACAAACAAAAUGCCAAGAAGUAGGAUUAUGAGGAGAAGCUCAAGGAGGUCAAGAGGCUUGAUAAAACACAAAGACAUAUGGUACAUAAGAAGAAAGGACUUCAUUAUCCUAAACAACAGCCACAAUGCGACCGUUGCGAUGUCCUUGGUUGAUCAGGUGGCACUGACGGCUAAGGGAGAGGAGAAACUGUUUUUCGCCUCCUCAGCAAGAACCUUGCCGAGGGACUCCUUCACAGCCCUUUCAAUUUCCUUGGAAAUGAGACUCUUAACAGCCCGCUCCACGACACCUUUCAUCAUAGCUGAAAAGAAGGCUGUGAAGGAGUCCCUCGGCAAGGAUUUGGCUGAGGAGGCGAAAAACAGUCUGAAAGAGAGUGUGAAAGAAAAUUUAAAGGAGGCCAUGAAAGAGAAUGUGACGGAGGUCAAGGAACGAGUCUGGGGCUUCGCAACACGGUUUGCUGAGAAUAUGAUUUCCGCUAGCGUUUUCACUGGGGUACACUAUGUUUGCGUGCUGGAAAAGAAAGAGAAGGCCCAAGUGUAUAACUCGCACCAGAAAGGAAGGCAGCUGGGGCAGCUAGUCGUUGCUAAGGACAAAGGUCUCAAACUUCAGCAGGAAGGAGAUAGGAAGUUGGGUGAGAUUCUGUCAGAGCUGAAAGGUCUCAAAGGUCUGUUGGUUGGAGGUAAGGGGGAUGGAUCUGGGGAGUGGAAUGGGAAGGGAUUUGGGGAUGGGAAUGGAUCUGGGGAGGGGAAUGGACCAGCUUGGAUAUCCAUAUUGUACCUACUUCUCCUCUCCCUUAGCCGUCAGUGCCACCUGAUCAACCAAGGACAUCGCAACGGUCGCAUUGUGGCUGUUGUUCAGGAUAAUGAAGUCCUUUCUUCUUAUGUACCUGCAAUUUGGAAAGCAAAUGAACCCAUGUAA